AUGGUUCAAUACAAUUUUAAAAAGAUUACUGUGGUUCCCACCGGAAAGGACUUCAUCGAUAUCAUUCUCUCCCGCACCCAACGUCAAACACCGACUGUUGUUCAUAAGGGAUAUGCCAUCUCACGCAUCCGUCAGUUUUACAUGCGUAAAGUAAAAUAUACGCAGCAAAACUUUCAUGAUAAGCUUUCCACCAUUAUUGAGGAGUUUCCCCGGCUUGAUGAUAUCCACCCUUUCUACGGUGACCUCCUACACGUUCUGUACAACAAAGACCAUUACAAGCUUGCUCUUGGCCAAAUCAAUACUGCUAGGAACCUGAUUGGUAAGAUUGCAAAGGACUAUGUCAAAUUGUUGAAGUAUGGAGAUUCUCUAUAUAGAUGCAAGUCCUUGAAGGUUGCUGCUCUAGGCCGUAUGUGUACUGUCAUUAAACGAGUUGGCCCUAGUUUGGCUUAUCUUGAACAGAUAAGACAACACAUGGCGAGGCUUCCUUCAAUUGAUCCAAAUACACGGACAAUCUUGAUUUGUGGGUACCCCAAUGUUGGCAAGAGCUCAUUUAUUAACAAAAUUACAAGGGCCGAUGUGGAUGUACAGCCUUAUGCUUUCACCACAAAAUCACUGUUUGUUGGUCACACUGACUACAAAUAUCUACGUUACCAAGUGAUAGACACUCCAGGGAUUUUGGACAGACCAUUUGAGGAUCGUAAUAUCAUUGAAAUGUGCAGCAUUACUGCUCUUGCCCAUUUAAGGGCUGCCGUGUUGUUUUUCCUUGAUAUUUCUGGAUCUUGCGGGUACAGCAUUGCGCAGCAGGCGGCUCUUUUUCACAGCAUUAAGUCAUUGUUCAUGAACAAACCAUUGAUCAUAGUCUGCAACAAGACUGACUUACAGGCAUUGGAAGGGAUCUCCGAAGACGAUAUGAAGCUGGUCAUGGAGAUGAAAUCAGAAGCUAUGAAAACUUUGAUAGGUCAAGGGGGUGAGCCGGCAAACGACGAGGGUGUGCUCUUGACUAUGAGCACUUUGACUGAGGAGGGUGUUAUUGCGGUGAAGAAUGCAGCUUGUGAGAGGCUGUUGGAUCAGAGGGUGGAAUUAAAAAUGAAGUCGAAAAAGUUGAAUGAUUGCCUGAACCGCUUCCAUGUUGCAAUGCCUAAACCACGUGACCAGAAGGAAAGGCCACCCUGUAUACCUGAGGCUGUCUUAGAAGGUAAAGCCAAGAAAGCGGAGCAAGCUGCAGAGAAGCAGAAGAAGCUGGAGAAGGAUCUAGAGAAUGAGAAUGGAGGUGCAGGUGUAUACUCUGCAAGUUUGAGAAAGCAUUAUAUUUUAGCAAAUGAUGAAUGGAAAGAAGACAUCAUGCCUGAAAUUCUUGAUGGGCACAAUGUAUACGAUUUCGUUGACCCUGAUAUAUUACAAAGGCUUGAAGAAUUGGAGAGAGAAGAAGGCAUGCGGCAAGAACAAGAAGCAGAUGAUGAUUUUGAGAUGGAUGGGGCUGAACUGACCCCUGAAGAGCAAAAGGCACUGGCAGCAAUUAGAAAGAAGAAAAGCUUACUCAUUCAACAGCACAGGAUUAAGAAGAGCACUGCAGAGAGCCGACCGACUGUACCCAGAAAAUUCGAUAAAGACAAACAGUUUACGUCAGAAAGGAUGGGAAGACAGUUAUCAACUUUGGGACUUGAUCCAACUCUGGCAAUCAACCGUGCUCGUAGCAAGUCUAGGGGUCGUAAGAGGGAGAGAUCAAUUGACAGGGGUGAUCAAAAUGGUACCGAUGAUAUGGACGUGGAUGGUAACCAACCAAAUAAGAAGCUGCGGUUGAGGUCGAGAUCCCAGUUGAGGUCGAGGUCAAAAUCACGGCCACCGUAUGAAGUGGUUCCAGGAGAGGGCUUGAAAGAUUCUGCUCAGAAGAAGAAGGCUAUAAAACUGGCAGAAAAAUCUCACAAGAAGAGGAACAAAGAUGCUCGCAAAGGAGAGGCAGACAGAGCGCUAGUAGCAUCCAGGGAGGGUUCAUACUUCACCAUGUUGUGCUGGAAGUUGCAUCGAAAGCUUUGA